AGAACCCAGAACCCUGAAGCAGAACCCUGAAGCAGAACCCUGAACCCUGAAGCAGAACCAUGCUGUAGAACUUAGAUGAGCUUCAGAUAGAUUAGAACUUAUGUUGUCAAUAGAGGAGCAGGAAAAAACGUUCCUGUGUCUCCCUGAUGGAUCAGAACCUGGAGAACCUGAGCAGAACCUGUGGCUUACUCGGGGCAGGCCUUUCUUUGUGUAAGGCUGAGCGUCUCCAUGGAAACGGAGGGUGUGAUCAGACGGUUGUUGGCUGAGGGCGGCGCUCUGGGUAAACAUUUGUAGAAGGACUUUGGACCGUUUGGAGCUCUGAACCAAUCAGAGUCUCUGACUGACCCUCAUCCACCAAUCACAGACCUGAACCUUGUUUGAAAGCUGAAACCCAGUCAGGCUGGCCGAUCCGGUCCGGUCCAGAAGCCAGUAGGAACAUCUGGAUGUUCUCAGUGGAACAGAUUAGCCAAUCAGAACCUUCCUCUGGACACAGAAGCGUCCAGAACCAGAACCCAGCAGGUUCCUCCAGGGGGGAAGAACCAGGAACUAACUGAAGAUGUUUUAUUGUUUGGUUCCUCUGGUUCAGAACCGCUCUGAACCGGAACCCUGAGGUCCCACCCCAUGAGCUGCCUGCUGGAGGUCUGAGGGCAGAGCCAGAACCUCAUGGGGUCUGUGGAGCUUCCUCCUCCUCCUCCUCCUUCUAGGACUCCUCCUCUUCCUCAGUUGCUGUUCAAACCUUCAUCAUUUCAGACCUUCAGGCAGACGGAUCGGGUCAGACUGGGAACUUGGUUCUGGGAUUCUUUGAGGGUAGAUGGGCUAUCAGAGGUGGAGGACUCGGGCCGGAGGAGGAGGAGGAGGUGAUGGUGCUGUGGUCAGGUGUUCAUGUUCAGACGAGAAGGUGAGGAUCUCCUUCAGGAGCUCUGGAGACGACUGGCAGCUCAGACGGCUGUUUGUGCGGCGCUGGUUGGAGUCGCCCCGCCUCUCCACCGCCUCCAUCAGCAGCGAUGAGCGCGCUCUGUCUGCCACCCCCUCAGACUCUGACCCGCCGCCAUCGGGACGGCGCCCUGUGAGCCUGGUCUCCACGCUGUCGUCGGGAUCGGGCUCCUCCAGGGACGACUCCCUGACCUCGCCUCAGGUUUCUGAGGGGUCCUCCGGCACCGACCUGAACCAGAACCCGAGUCCUAAAAAGAAGGGGCGGAGCUUCUUUCACAACAAGAACAACAACAACAAGGCGUGGACGCCAAACCGGGCCCCGAGCCGCCGCCAGCCCUUCGUAGGCGCUACCAUGGCACCCAAUCCCCAGCUAACCUAUCUGGACCGAGUCGUCAUGGAGAUCAUCGAGACUGAGAGGAUGUACGUCAGAGACCUGAGGAUGAUCGUAGAGCAUUACCUCGCUCACAUCAUCGAUGAGUCGGACCUGUCCAACCACCCGGAGCUGGUCUGCGCUCUCUUUGGAAACAUCGAGGACAUCUACGAGCUCAACAGUGAGCUCCUGCAGGACCUGGAGGUGUGCGACGGCGACCCCGUGGCCAUCGCCCGCUGCUUCGUCAUGAAGAGCCAAGACUUUGACAUCUACACCCAGUACUGCACCAACUACCCGAAGUAAGUCCUCAUCUCAGCCUGCACCUCCUGUUCAUUUCUCCUCCUUGUUUCUCCUCAC